CCCAUAAGAAAAACCAAAACAAACAUGAACACUCAGAAACCUGUAAAUGGAGGACGCAUCUCUCUGUAUGUUGGAAACCUGGACCCCAGCGUCAAUGAUGAAACGCGACUUGGAGGAGGAGUUCAAGAAGUAUGGAAAGGUGCGUGCGACUCACGUCGUACUGGACAAGAAUACCAAGCAGUCCCGCUGCUAUGGAUAUGUCGAUUUCAGCACUGCCGAGGAAGCUGAGAAAGCUCUGGAGGGAGCGAAUUUCAACAUCCUGAAGGGUAAGGAGAUGCGUGUGAUGAGACAGCAGCUGCGCUUCAAGCAGACCUGCAACCCUAAGGGCAAUUUGUUUGUGAAGAACCUUCCCGACUUGAUGACCAACAAGGAGUUGUUGGACAAGUUCUCCGCGUACGGAAACAUUCUGUCCUGCAAGGUGGCUUUCGACAAGGAGACCGGCAAGUCCCUUCACUAUGGUUACGUGCACUUCAGCGACCCCAACGUGACCCAGAAGGUCCUGGCCGAUAUGAACAAGGAUGUCGUGGAGGAAGGAGCGAUGUACGUGAUGGAGUACGAGAAGCGUAUGAAGGACACCUCUUCGGAUUGGGUGACUUGCUACGUGGCGAACUUCCCUACCACGCUGACGGAAGACGGUCUGCGCGAUCUGUUCGGCAAGUACGGCACGAUCAACUCUGUUUACAUUGGUUACAAGCGAUACAAUCCGCAGAAGAUUCAGGGAUUCGUGACCUUUGCCAACCAUGAUUCGGCCGUGAAGGCCGUGGAGGGUCUGAAGGAUCAGGUCAUCACUGUGGAGGGCGCGGAGCCCAUGGUGCUGUACGUGAACCGUCUCCAGUCCCGCGAGGAGCGUGCCAGCAUCAACCAGAAGAUUCUGGAGGAGAAGAAGAAGGAGGAGGUGGAGCGCACCAAGGGCCGUUUCCUGUACGUGGGCUUCGGUGAUCAGACGAUCACGCUGGAGCGCCUGCGCGAGAUCUUCCAGGCGUACGGCAACAUCGAGUCCUGCUCGAUCGCCCGCGACAAGAACACGAAGGAGCUGAAGCCCUUCGGCUUCGUGUGCAUGGACACCACGGAGAACGCGCAGAACGCGAUCCGUGCGUUCCGCGAGAGCCACGACCUCAAGCUGAAGGUGGAGCUGGCGCAGACCCGCGAGGAGCGCGCGAAGAUGCUGAAGGAGCGCCGCAAGCAGACCCAGGGCGUGGUGAUGCAGUACCCGGUGGUGCAGUACACGAUGCCGAUCGGUAUGAACAUGGGCAACCGUAUGCCGUCGAACAAGCAGCAGCAGCAGCAGCAGCAGAUCCCGAUGAUGCCGAUGAUGUACCAGACCAUGGGCAACAUGAUGUCGUUCCCUCGCAACACGCAGAUGCCCGGCAUGCCGGUGCAGAUGAUGAACCAGGGCUACAUGUCCAUGGCCAACACCCAGUUCAACGAGAAGUACAACAAGCUGGCGAGCCUGAUGCAGUCGAUGGACCCCAUCAAGAGAGAGAUGAUCGACGCGAUGACCAACGAGGAGCGCCGCAACACCUUCGGAGAGCGUAUCUUCUACCUCAUCAAGACCAUCGGCGAUCCUCGCUGCAGCAAGAUCACCGGAAUGAUGCUGGAGUUGCCCGUGGACGACCUGAUGAAGAUCAUCAGCGAUCCUGGCGAACUCCUCAAGAAGAUCGACGAGGCCAACGACGUGCUGGACCAGACCAACAACAACUAAACAGAGGAGGGAGGAGAUUUCGGGGAAAGGAAAGGCCUCAGUUCAAAUCACUGCUACGUAUCGGUUGUUUUGG